GCAAUGAAAUCAUGGUUCGGGUCUUUUGGCGGCGAACCCACCGAUCAGUUCUACCCAAACAUUGAUCUGCUGUGUGGGGAGUCGGUGGCGACGGAUUCUGCUAAGGACGGUGGGGAUUUGGGCUAUCGUGCUUUUCGGGAUCUGAUUACUCCUGCUGACAGGCCACAGGGUCAGAUUGACGCCCCUGCUGCUCAGCAUUUCAACGAUUUGUACAAGGCUGUUCAAUCCAGCAUGGAUUUGUACUAUGUCUAUCGUUGGAACCAGAUGCAGCUGACGCAGAAUAACAUUGAUAUUGCCGAGCUGAAGAAGCGGGCUGAGGCGGCUGAAUCUGCUUUGAAGAUUAACGAGAAGAAGUUGGAGAGUGCUUCUUCGAAUUUGGAGGCGGCGAACCGAAGGCUGGAAGAGGUUGAGCCGAAGCUGAAGGCUGAAACUGAGAGGGCAGACGGUCUGACUGAGGAGCUGACUGAUCUUAACCAGAGUUUGCCUGUGGUGAAGAAGACUGCCGCCAAGAGGGCUGUUGAUAAGCUUCUCCAGUCUGACUGGUUUAAUGAUAUUCUUACUCUGCGCCAUAACGGUGGUUGGUGCGCUGCUCAUCGGGUCGUUUGCCAUGUGAAGAAGCUGGAUGAGGAUGGGUGGCAAGAAUUUGAGGCUGGGUAUGAGGAGAAGGAGCUGUACAAGGUUGCUACCGGCUUUGAGCCUCAGGAGCUACCCGAGGCUGUGAUUUGCAAUGCCAAUCAAAAAACCUUGCCCCCCUUGCAAGUUCCAGAAGAUGCCUACUGGUCUGGUGAUGAGCAUGUCGUUUGACGGUCUUGGCAGUCAUCACCCUCCUCUUCUUGCGGAUCCUCUACUUUUCCCAGCCGGCCUCGUACAUGUUAGGGUUUUUUAGCUUAGGCGGUUGGCUUUUGACUUUUUGCCAGAUGCUGUUAGGGCACUUAUUGUUGAUGUAACAUAUCUUAGAACAUCGUUUUAUUGUAGGGGUGUCGGUUUUAAUCGACAUCUUUUGUGCCUUGUGAUCAGCUAAUCACUUCGCAAGAUUUUUUGGUGAUGGCUGUCGGUUUUUAGUGUUUUUUCUGCUGUAAUCAUGCAUUUAUAACAAGUAGUUUUUUGAUUGUAUGUUUACUUCGUUUUGUGUAUGAUACUUCCAUUUUAUUAGCAUGAACUCUUAUUUGUUGACGGCCUUUCUAUAUUUCUAUCUUGUUGAAAUGAUACACUCCGAAAUAAUUGUUAUGUUUCGAAAUGGAGUGCAUCUUGACAUCGUUUAUUUUUUCUAACACUUUUAAUUACAACAAAUUAUUAUGGGUUGCUACGCUUCGCAGUACAAGUGCCCAAACGGCAUUUAUUUUCUGUACGGCUACUAGUCACACCAUACACUUCGUUGAAUGCUACGCUUCACAAUGGAGUGCCCCUUAACGGCAUUUAUUUUCUCCAAAGCUACUAAUCACAACAACUUUAUUAUGGACUGCUACGCUUUACAGUAAAGUGCCCAGACGGCAUUUAUUUUCUUUACUGUUACUGAUCACAUCCAUACACUUCGUUGAAUGCUACGCUUCACAAUGGAGUGCCCCUUAACGGCAUUUAUUUUCUCCAAAGCUACUAAUCACAAAAAACUUUAUUAUGGACUGCUACGCUUCACAGUAAAGUGCCCAGACGGCAUUUAUUUUCUUUACUGUUACUGAUCACAUCCAUACACUUCGUUGAAUGCUACGCUUCACAAUGGAGUGCCCCUUAACGGCAUUUAUUUUCUCCAAAGCUACUAAUCACAACAACUUUAUUAUGGACUGCUACGCUUCACAGUAAAGUGCCCAGACGGCAUUUAUUUUCUUUACUGUUACUGAUCACAUCCAUACACUUCGUUGAAUGCUACGCUUCACAAUGGAGUGCCCCUUAACGGCAUUUAUUUUCUCCAAAGCUACUAAUCACAACAACUUUAUUAUGGACUGCUACGCUUCACAGUAAAGUGCCCAGACGGCAUUUAUUUUCUUUACUGUUACUGAUCACAUCCAUACAUUACCUUUGUGUGUUGAUUUGUGCCGCGUUUGUUUUUUGCUUUUUUCUUCCUUCAUUUAUGGACUGGCCGUAUUUGAGGACCGCCCUAAUUAUACAUAACAGCAAAAUGCGGACUGCUAUUGCAAUCAGUCUGCUCAUACAUGAUCAUUAUAGUUUUUCAAACAUAGUACUUUCUCAGAGUACUGGCGUUCCAGGAGUUUUUGAGCGCGGUACCAUCCAUUUGCAUUAACCGGUAUGAUCCAGGGACUAUUUCCUCCCAUAUCUGGUAUGGUCCUUCCCAAUUGGCUGUCAGCUUUCCUUGAGCAUUUCCUUUUCCUGUUGCCGCCGUUCUCCGCAGUACCAGGUCUCC